AUGGAUGGCCUUUCAGAAACUGAUGUUGAGAAAAAAGUUACCAGUAAGAUCACUCUGCUCCAUGACUGGCUAAUCCCCACAAAGACGCUGCCUAGUUAUACGUAUGAAGGACUCCCGGAGGUGAUCAAGUUACUGAAGCAGUACAACGAAGAGGUGCUGGGGCUCCCCAAGGGGCUGGUGACCAUCUUGAGGAUCCUGAGACACCUUGCUGUGCCCCCUGAUGUGGAAAAUCAAGGAGAACACACAGAGGAGCUGAAGUACAAGUAUGUUAUAAUAGAGCUGUUCAGUGCUGACUGCUUCCCCGUCUUCAUCAACAUUCUGCAGAAAAUUGGAGAAUUGCAACUGUUGCCAUGGCAACAAGGUAUAGCCAGCAGCUACCAGUAUCAAGCUCUGAUCAUGGCGUUCAUAAAGCCCACCCUGGCCAUCGUCAAGGCAACACUGUCAUAUCUGGUCCAUGCAAGAGGGUCUGCUUUCCAGGAUCUGACCAGCCUGCCCACUCUGUUCCAACUGCACACUGUGAUGUGCUCCAUCUGCCUCAGUGGAGAACCCAGCGAGGACGCCCAGAAGAUUCAGACUGACAUCAUAGAUAUCCUGUCCACAUUUACACAGUCUGUUCCCGCAGAGUCUGAGUCCAAUGAAGAUCUUGAGAAAAGUCUGUGGACCCGUAUGAUGAAGGAGCUGUUUAAGUAUGUUCUCACCAGUCCCUACACUUUCCUCAGUGGUCUCCAUAUGGUAUCUGAGCUGUUACCACUACCUCUACCACUACAGAGCAGAGAGAGCGUGACAGACGAGGAGCUGACAUUGACAGUGAACACCAGAAGACUGUGGAGUGCCCAUCUUCACCCCAUAGCACCUGAAAUCCUGGAGGUUAUCAAGACAUUGGCAGGCUCCAGCUGCCAGGUAUUACAGCAUGCACUGCGUAGGGUCUGCUGGCAGCUGGCGGACUUGGCAUCUCCCAGCUCACUGCUGGUGGGGAGGUGUAUAUUGGAUGCACUCUUGGAAAGCAUGGACAAUUCUAUUGAGAAGAGCACACAGCCUGCAAAGGAAGGAGAAAAGAAAGAGGAAGAAAAAGAAGAAAAAGCAAAUACUGAACAGAGGAGUUCCGGAGAAACCGCCAGGAUAUUGAACUUAACCGCAUACCUCGUGGCACACCCACCAAUCAAAUCCCCUGUACUACAGCUGAUGAGGGGAGAAACCAAGGCGGAGGAGAAAUACAAGGACUUAUUUCCUAGAUUGCUGAACUUGCUGAAUGUGGUGUCAGAGAAACAGUCCCAUAUCAAUGCACAGGAGUGUAUUGUGUCUGUGCUGCAGUCCCUGUGUGAUCCGGCCGUCACCAUGAUCACUGCAGAGAGCAGUCUUACCCUGCAGGAGCAGAUCGCCAGCAGUCUGCCUAUCAAAGAGCAGCUGAUGCAGCAAUGCACCGCCAUCUUAGAGCACAUAGGAAACCAAGAUCACAGCUACGCCUCCAUCCUGCCGUCGCUGAGAACUCUGGUCAUGCUAACGGAACAUGAUUAUGGAUUUUAUCAUGUGAAAAGUGCAAUGGACGGCAACAGCAUGGCCCUAUUCAGUCUCUUCCUACGUAUUAACAACACCUUCAGCAAGGACAGCUCAGACUGUAUGUCCACCCUGUCCACUGCUGUAGAACUCCUCCAGCUCCUGUUGGCCUCUGACCAGCCACCCCCUGGGGACGAGGGCCUGGGGGAGGCAGAGGAACCCCCAGGGGAGUACAGGAAGAUGUCCAUAAGUAUUGGAGAGCUGAAGAAAUAUCUGAACUGGACGCCGGAGGUCCAGCCACACCCUCUGGAUGACCUGGAAAAACUCCUAGCUGAGUAUGUGAAGGAAGAAGAAAGUUUAGAUGGUCUCUUGGAUGGCAUAUCUGGUCUUGUGCUGACUCUGAAGACUGAAGAAGGUGGACAACCACAGGAUUUUGCAGAACCAGUAUUACCUGCUCCUAAAACAUUGAAAGAACAGUUUGACCUGCGGUUGACCUGUCAACUAGGAGACGUGGAUGAAGACAAACUGACCUUGAUCUACUGGCUGUCCAACCUGGCAGUGGACGACUCGGACCAAGAACUGGACAUGGUUGAAGAAGAUCUUGAAGAGAUAUCCCAGAAGUAUUGUCCAGAUUUUGAUGUUAAAAAUGAGCUGCGGAAAGGCAAACUGCCAUCUGAAAUGGACAAAACAAAGUUGAAAAGGAGACCUAAUAAAAGAAGAGGCAUAGAUACUAUUAACACCAGCAGCCUGAGAGGAAGACAGUUUGUGGCCCCCAUGAGAGGGAGAGGGUUUGGACGAGGAAUGAUGUCCAACAGGCACGACCCCUUCAGGUCAAGGCCACCCAAUACGAGCCGACCUCCUUCCAUGCAUGUAGAUGACUUCGUAAAGCUUUCCAGCCAUGGGCAAGGCAACAUGGAUACCAAACGCCAGGACAAGAGUAUCCACAACAUUCCCAGUAUCUCCAGUAGACCUAACUACAAUGACAUGAAUAGAGGCCGAGGAAGAGGUGGAUUUGACCGCGGGCGGGGUGGGUUUGGAGGUGGCCGGGGAAGAUUCUUCAACCAGGGCGGCUAUAGGAGAGAGAUGAGCUCGCGAGGUGCAAUGAACCAAAGAGGUGGAGGCAUGUCAUCCAGAGGAGGUGGUAUGGGCCCCAGGGACAGCCCUGGUGAGGGACGUAGGGAGGAGGGCAGGGGAUUCAACCCCAGAGGAAGAGGAGGUGGAGGAGGAGGAGGGGGCUCACAGUGGGGGAGACCACGUUUUGUGGCAGGCCAGGUCAAUCCAAUGACCGUUAUCAGGACCGUGGUCCGCGUCCAUUCCUUACCCCACCAGGGCGAGGUGGACGUGGAGGUGCCAGAGGAGGCAGUCAGUGGCAGGGAGGACCUCGGAGAGAGAACACAGGACCUGGAGACCGGGGUCCACCCGACAGAGGUCCCGGGAGAGACCAGCGCCCUAUGGGGGGCUCCCAACCCUGGGGCAGGGGGUCCAGUGACAGGGGCAGGGGAGGGGGUCAGUGGAUGGGAAACAGGAACCGAGACCAGGGAGGAAAAUUCAUGCAUCCCCCUGGUGGUCAAUCUUUCCGUGGCAGGAGAGAUCAAGGUGGCAGACACGCCAGGUCCUUUACAAAGUAGAGUAUCAGCAGAUAUUUCAUGGACUCGUCUUCAAAAGCAACUGGGGAAUAAGUUGAUCAUUAAUUUAAGGGCAGUUGUCUGA